GGAUGGGGGGUGCCGCCCCUGGGCAGGAAGCCCGGGCUGCCUCCACACAAGGUUCCCAGAGGGCUCUGCCCCCCGUGGGCUCUGCCCUGCGGGAGCGGCUCCCAGGCGAGGGCAGGGCGCUCUCCCAGCCCUGUCGGUGGCAGCCUGGGGGCGGUCCCUGGGUCUGGCAGGCAGCCCCGACCUGGCCCGGCUGCCAGCUUUCCCGGCCCGGCUAGCAGCUGGACGCUCCGGCUCUGAGCCGGCCAGGACCAUGUGUCCGGGGGACAGGGGUCCCUCAGGGGCCUCGAGCAGGAGGGCAGGGCACUGGCCUCUCCUCCCUCCGUGGUGGGCCGUGCGGGUGGCGCAGGUUGGGGCCACUUUCCGUGCCCUGGAGGACAUCAGCUGUGCCCAGGGUCCGCCCUCCCCCCAGCCCCCAGCGGUGGGCUGGCUGUCCUCGCGGGCCGGGGGCGGGCUGGGGGCACGGCCAGUUGAAUUUAGCGUCGGGGGUGGAACCGCCGCCCAAGGUCCACCUGCCCCUUGCCGCCACUGGGGCGCUGCUGCAGGGGGCGGGCAGGGCUGGCUCCGCCUGGGACGGGCCCAUAUUAAUGGCCCUCUGGCUGGGGGAGGAGGAACCGGCCUGCACACGGGAAGCCGAGGUGGCAGCGGAGCCAGCGUGAAGGGAGCCCACGCCCGCACAGGAAAAUGGCGCUGAGAGCAGGUGACCACGGCAAUGCCGCUGCCAACGGGCUGAAGGAGAAGGUGCUGACGCUGGACACCAUGAACCCCUGCGUGCGCAGGGUGGAGUACGCCGUGCGCGGCCCCAUCGUGCAGCGGGCGCUGGAGCUGGAGCAGGAGCUGCGCCAGGGCGUGAAGAAGCCUUUCACGGAGGUCGUCCGCGCCAACAUCGGGGACGCGCACGCCAUGGGCCAGAAGCCCAUCACCUUCCUGCGCCAGGUCCUGGCCCUCUGUGUCCACCCUGAGCUCCUGAGCAGCCCGCAGUUUCCCGAGGACGCCAAGAGCCGGGCCCAGCGCAUCCUGCAGGCGUGCGGGGGCCACAGCCUGGGCGCCUACAGCGUCAGCGCGGGCAUCCCGCUGGUCCGCGAGGACGUGGCGCGCUACAUCGAGCGGCGCGAUGGCGGCAUCCCCGCGGACCCCAGCAACAUCUUCCUGUCCACGGGGGCCAGCGACGCCAUCGUGACGGUGCUGAAGCUGCUGGUGGCGGGCGAGGGCCGCGGGCGCACCGGUGUGCUCAUCCCCAUCCCCCAGUACCCGCUCUACUCGGCCGCGCUGGCCGAGCUGAACGCGGUGCAGGUGGACUACUACCUGGACGAGGAGCGCUCCUGGGCGCUGGACGUGGCCGAGCUGCGGCGCGCCCUCCAGCAGGCGCGGGGCCACUGCCGCCCGCGGGCGCUCUGCGUCAUCAACCCCGGCAACCCCACCGGGCAGGUGCAGACGCGCGAGUGCAUCGAGGCCGUGAUCCGCUUCGCCUUCGAGGAGAGGCUCUUCCUGAUGGCUGACGAGGUGUACCAGGACAACGUGUACGCCGAGGGCUCGCGCUUCCACUCCUUCAAGAAGGUGCUCGUGGAGAUGGGGCCGCCCUACGCGACGCAGCAGGAGCUCGCCUCCUUCCACUCGGUCUCCAAGGGCUACAUGGGCGAGUGCGGGUUCCGCGCCGGCUACGUGGAGGUGGUGAACAUGGACCCCGCGGUGCAGCAGCAGAUGCAGAAGCUGAUGAGCGUGCGGCUGUGCCCGCCCGCGCCGGGCCAGGCGCUGCUCGACAUGGUGGUCAGCCCGCCCGCGCCCUCGGACCCGUCCUUCGCGCAGUUCCAGAAGGAGCGGCAGGCGGUGCUGGCCGAGCUGGCGGCCAAGGCCAAGCUCACGGAGCAGGUCUUCAACCAGGCCCCGGGCAUCCGCUGCAACCCGGUGCAGGGCGCCAUGUACUCCUUCCCGCGCGUGCAGCUGCCCCCGCGCGCCGUGCAGCGCGCUCAGGAGCUGGGCCUGGCGCCGGACAUGUUCUUCUGCCUGCGCCUGCUGGAGGAGACGGGCAUCUGCGUGGUGCCCGGCAGCGGCUUCGGCCAGCGCGCGGGCACCCACCACUUCCGGAUGACCAUCCUGCCCCCCAUGGAGAAGCUGCGGCCCCUGCUGGAGAAGCUGAGCCAGUUCCACGCCGAGUUCACCCGCGAGUACGCCUGACCCGGACCGCAGCCGCGGGCCGGCCCGCCCUCCGCACACCCCCAAUAAAGGCGUGAGAAAGUGGCCGCGGGGCCCCGGGCUCGCCGGACGUGCCU